CACUAUUGUCUCUGAAAAAAAAAAAAAUUAAGAGACUUUAAACCCAAAACCCUUCUCUUUCACAUACUCUCUUGUACCAGCCGUCUCUACUUUCGCAGAUUAAUUCAUAUUGGAAGAGUAAUAUGAUAAAGAGAAGGUUUUUUAGGGAAGAACAUGGGGAUAAAGAUGAACCCUCUUCCGGUUCAUCUUCCUCUUCUGAUGACGACGAAGAUAAUGUUAAUGAUAAUGAUUCUGAAGCUGAACCUGAACCUGAAGCAGAGGAGUCAGAUGACAGUGCUCAAGUUGCUGAGGUUAAAGCAAAUUAUGUAUCCUCCUCCUCUUCAUCAUCUGGAUAUGACAGUGAGGAUCGCUCCGCUGAGGAAAUUGAUGUUGACUCCUCAGGUUUUACAAAUGAAGAUGAUGGAACCGGAAGUGAUAAAGAAAUCCGUGUUGGUUCUGGGUUAUCUGGCAAACAUAAUGCUCACUUGCUUAAAAAAAAGUUCAAUAUCAUGGCUGAAAAGGAAUCAGACCCAGCUGAAAUGGAAGAUUUUGUAUUGAAAUUUAAGUCAGUAUUUAAGUGUCGGAUUUGUCCUCGCAUUCUCUGUUUGACCGAGGAGUCUAUGAAGACUCACAUAAAUUCUAAGAGACAUAGUCGAUCUGAGAAGUUACUGAAGGAAAAUAGGCUUAAGGCCAUGCUGAACAGUGAUGGAGAAAUUGAGAAUCAGGAGACUCCUGCGGAAAUGCAUGCCCGUAUUAUGGCUAUUGCACAGAGUAAACCAAAAAAGCCAAAUAAAGGGCGGCAACGGCAAAACAAGAGAUCACGAAAGAGGAAAGAGAAAGAUGUUUCAAAUACAGAGAAAGCGAAGGAACCGACAAAAACAAAAGCCAAGAAAAAGCGCAAAGCCGAUGACUGAAGAAUGCUAGCUGAUUAUUGUAGUGAAACUUGAGGAAGAAGGUGGUGAAAUAUAGUUUUGGCCAUGUGCUCUCUUUUAAAGCUGCCAAGGGCAUGUUCUUUUGUAGAUUCUGGUUCCUACAAGGGUCAAUUCUGCUUUCUUCACCAAAUAUGUUUUUGUUUAGCCAAUUUUUAGUUGUAUAAUAUACUUUUUUUCAGAACAAAUAGAAAAUUUACAGUUUGCAUUGA